GAUUCUCGGGCUAUGACUGGCUGCUUGCUCCUGCUUGCUCAAGGCUUCUCCUUGGCUUUCUCUCUUCACUGCAGAAUGGGGCCGGCUCCGCGCAUCCUGGAACUGUUCUACGACGUGCUGUCCCCCUACUCCUGGCUGGGCUUUGAGGUCCUAUGCAGAUACCAACACCUCUGGAAUAUCAAGCUGCAGUUGCGGCCCGCUUUAAUCGCUGGAAUCAUGAGAGACAGUGGAAACCAGCCACCAGCUCUGGUUCCCCGCAAAGGCCAGUAUAUAGUCAACGAGAUUCCUCUCCUGAAGCAGCUCUUCCAGGUUCCACUCAGUGUACCCAAGAAUUUCUUUGGUGAGAGUGUUAAGAAAGGUAAGGAGGAGGCUGGAAAAGAUUACUAAGCAGUUAGCACACACACUAGCUGCUCUUUCAGAGGUCCUAAUUUAAUUGCCAGCACCCACAUGGUAGGUUACAACCAUCUAUAACUCCAAUUUCAGAGGAAAUAGAAAUAAAUAAAUAAAUAACAGAAGACAGUAUGAGCAUUUGGGUAUCUAGUGGAAAACAGACCAGUCAGGGGCUUUCUUAGGAUAUCAAGAGGUAAAACAUGCUUGGAUAGGCAUCAGCUAGUCAAAAGUGAGAAGAGGGCAGAAACAAUGACUGAGAAAAGGAAAUCCAUUAUGAGA